AUGCAGUUCAAGUUCGCUCUCAUCUCCCUCUUCGCCGCCCUGGCCAUCGCCGCCCCCGAGGUCGCCUCCCCCGAGCUCGAGAAGAGGUGCACUGCGAACGGCGGCUCCUGCACCCAGCUGAGCCAGUGCUGCAGCGGCAACUGCGAGUACGACUCUUCCAUUGGCCUUGUCUGCAAGGCCGCCCGCAAGUUCAAGAUGGAGAAGAGGUGCACUGCCAACGGCGGCUCCUGCACUCAGCUCAGCCAGUGCUGCAGUGGUAACUGCGAGUACGACUCGUCCAUCGGUCUCGUCUGCAAGCCUUAG